UCGGAGGCACCUCUUGGUAACACGUUUCACAUUGAUGUAUAGUUUGGUAGAUAUUAUUAUUAGGAUUAUUAAGGGCGUAUUAAGGCUUAUCCCUGGUUAGUUUCCCAAUUACCGAACUCCCAAUUGCUCGAAGCAAACAUUCGAUUCUGCAUAUGCGUUCUUGGCUUUAGAAUCUAUGCAAAACGUGUGGCGCAGAAGUGCGCACGAUCGUUCCAAGAAAGCCACACGGAAUUUCGGUGAAAAAUAUCUGCCAUUGGAUGCUUCGCUUUUUAAGGGUCCGGUCCCGAAGCGGUAUGUGUCUGAAGAAACUGUGACAACGACACAUAAAGACACAAUUACGAUUGAGGUUAACGAUCAGGAUGAUCUUAAAGCGAUUGCUAAGAAACUGAUUCAAAUUGAGGAUGGUCAGCCAGUCCUCAACCUUCCUCAGUACCGAAGGACAAGUUUUUCUGAUACGUCUAAUCGGCCUCGGCGCGCGGAUCGAGGUGGAUCACCACGCAUCAGCCAUGGAAGACAAAGAGGUGGUAAAGGAAGGUCAAAUAAGUACGAUACCGACUAUGAUGACACUGGCGAUCAAUCAGAUACACGCCAAACUUCACAAACUUCUCGUUGGUCGAAACCUACUGAUGUGGAUAGUAGUUCACGCCCACGACGUAGCAGACAUAAUUCAAACCGGCGGAAACGUUUAGAUAAACGUCGAGGAGGGUCAAAAGAUUCUUCCCGGAGGCCAGUAAGAGGAAGUAAUUAUUCUCGAAAAAAGGUUAGGCGACGCCCAUCCAGAAGACAAUAUAAAGCAAAACGAAGGCCCCGAGCUCACGGAGGCCAUACUGGAAGCGAAUCCUCAACUGCUGAAGGUGGUAGCAGAAGGGGUUGGCGGAAGUGUAUGAAGCCUAUGAGCAACUUUUUUAGUAGUAUUCGUGGAUCACAUUCCGGUCCUCGAUCAAGGGAUGAGUUGUUGGCAGGCGGUAAAGAUGACAAAAAAAAGUCGAAAAUGACGAAAAAGGGUGGGCCGAAAGACGAUAAAUCAAAAGCACCAGGUAAAUCAAAAGCACCAGGUAAAUCAAAAGCACCAGGUAAAUCAAAAGCACCAGGUAAAUCAAAAGCACCAGGUAAAUCAAAAGCACCAGGUAAAUCAAAAGCACCAGGUAAAUCAAAAGCACCAGGUAAAUCAAAAGCACCAGGUAAAUCAAAAGCACCAGGUAAAUCAAAAGCACCAGGUAAAUCAAAAGCACCAGAAAAAUCAAAAGCACCAGGUAAAUCAAAAGCACCAGGUAAAUCAAAAGCUACGACAACGAAGUCAAAAGCGCCCAAGAGUAAGGCUGCGAAAACCAAGGCUGGUAAGACAGUUAAGGAGGCCGCUAAGACGAAAAAAAGCGAAGUUCAAAAGGCCUUCAAGAAACCUAAACGAAAGGAAAAAGAAGGCGCCACGAAAGUGGAGCAGAAAACUGAUAAGAUCGGUGGCAAAUCGAAGGCCACGACCAGGAAAGGGGCAGAAUCACCCGCCUCGAAAAUUGAUAAGAAAAAAGGAAAAACUGACAAACAAAAGAUUGCUGCUCGGAUUGCAACAGCAAUGCCAAUGGAAAGAAAGUCUUUGUCAGCCAUUACGGCUGAAGCCGCUAAGGCCGAUGCCGCAGCGGAAGAAGCGGCCAAGGCUGGUGCGAAGCCUGCUGCUGCACCGCCUCCACCGCCCACCGCGGAAACACCUCCAGUAUCGCCUCCAGUAUCGCCUCCAGUCGAGGCCAAGGUAUUAUCUAAGAAAGAAGAGCGAAGGUCCGAAGAACCAGAAAAGGUAUCGGAGCGAAGAUCCGACCGUAAACCGGAAAAAAAGACAUCGGAACGAUUAUCCGACAGAAAAGCCGAGGGCCGAAAAUCAGAUAGAGUAGAAAUAAAGGAAAAGGAAAAGGAAAAGGAAAAAGAAAAGGAAAAGGAAAAGGAGAAGGAGAAGGAGAAGGAAAAAGAGGAAGAGGUGGCGCCACCAGCACCACCAUUACCCGAACCCGAGAAAGAAAAGGAAAAAGAGGAGCCUCGAGAAAUUCGAGAGCCUCGGAAGCCUGUAAGCAGACCUCCUGCACUGCCUGCAGAACCAUCUGUGCCGCCGCCGCCGCCAUCGGAGGCUGAUCAGCAGGCGUUAGUUCCGCCUAGCGAAGUAAGGUUCCCUGAGUCUGAGUCGGCCGCAGAGGUAAGUCCGCCGGUCAGUGCUGAAGCUACGGAGCGUGCGUCCACGUCUAUCUCCGAAGAGCCAUCAUCGUCUCCAUCUGAAGAAAAAAGACAGAGUGUUGGUGAACUUGUUCCUGUUGAAAUCGGAGGUGACCUUGACCGACUGCCUGAUUCACUGGAAGUGGAGCGGGAGAAAGAAAAAGAACAGGAAAGAGAGCGGGAACUGGAAAAAGAAAAAGAACGCGAAAGGCAAAAAGAAAAGGAACGUGAGCGUGAGAAGGAAAGGGAAAAAGAGAAGGAACGCGAGAAAGAGCGCGCCCGCGAAAAGCGAAAAGAGCGCGAGGACGAGACAGCAGAAAAAUCCGAGGAUGAAUCGGAAGCGGCGGCUCGUACACCGCCGUCGCCUCCUCAACCGUCUUCGCCCGCGACGGCAACUGUAUCGGCGACUGUGACUGCGACUGCGACUACAACUACAACUACAACCGAGGAGGAACAGCCUGAACCGUCACCAGUGGAAGGGGAGGCCAUUCAAGCCCAGAAUCUUCAGAAUUUACCGCUUCUCGAUGUUCACCAUGACCAAGAUCCUUAUGCUCAACAAACGGUAUAUUCACCCGUUGUCAGUAGCGAAGCCGUCGUAUGCGGACGGUGCUGUGGUUUUAACUACAAGGACGCCUUCAUCAUAAUUCUGCUGAUCAUAAAUAUGUUUGCUUUCUUUGUCUGGUUCAGCAGUAUACGCAAAUAUUUUCCUAGCGAGCAAGAUCUCAAACAACGGUUCGGAAGGUAAAAAGGCUGCGGUAACGGAGAAAUUUCUAAAGACAAGAACGGACACAACGAAGAGCGGGCAUUUUGAUUGAAAAGGAUGUGGAUACUAAACGAUACUAAACGUUUCCAAAUGAUUAAAUCAUCAUUCAAAAUGAUGAUAUCAUA